AUGUCGAUUCCCCAGCCUAUCUUUGAGGUUAUUCGACCACCUGAGCUCUCCAGUUGGGAACAUGCUGCGCUGAUUGAGUGGCAUCGUGAAUGGGAACGCUAUGUGGAGAAGAUUCGCCAUCGCUGCACGACCACUGGCGAGACAUUUGAAAAUGUCGUAGCUACUGUAAAGGGUUCAGUCAAGCGCAAAACACUGAGGAACUUAGCUACCUAUGUGUUAAAGAAGCCCGUUGACUCUGUGACCGACGCAGACAUCAUGGCGGCCGUGGUCGCACGCUGCAGCACACUCAAGAAUGAGUUUGUACCAGAUGUCACGUCUCUGUUUCGCCAGAAGCUUAAGAUGGACCUGUCAAUCGAUGAUUGUGACGCUCGGAUCUUCCUCUAUUACGAAGAUUUCAAUGGCAUUACGGCUGCCAACUACAAGAGCAGAUCGAAGGCCCGCUGCCGUCUACUGGUGGAUAAUUUGCAACCUCCGAUCCUGAAAGCUCAGAUCGCUCGACUUAUCGACUUAGAGAGGCGAUUAUGCUGCAAAGGCUGA